UUGCAGUCGGGCGUCCGAGCCCGCAUAGACAGAACGCACUACGCUGCUGCAUCCGCGAUAAAUUAAAAAAAAAAAAAACAGGCUUUGCUUCCCGGCAUUUUUGACAAGUGACAGCGCGCCAUUUUGAAAAAAGUGUUUUUUUUUUUCUAAAAGUGUGUUUUCUCUGUGAUUAGUGAUUGUGAAUGGUGCAAUCAAAAUCGGGAUUUUGCUAAGUUGGCCCGGAUGUAGACAAUACAGAACACAGUGACUAACUUCGGAACCCAAAAUGGGGCACAAACAGUUUCUGGCUUUGGGGCAGACGGCGCGGCGGCUGCUGGGCCUGCCCCCGGGGAGGGGGGACGUGCCCCUGAACAUGCUUAUAUCGCAGCAGGGUAAACUCAAUCAUGGACGCCUUGCUGUGAUUUUGUUCAGCAUAUGUACAGUCGUGCUUGGAAUCAUCCUUUCCUUCGUGCCGUGGUUGGACUACAUUAUAUUUAGGGAGCUGAAGCUAUGGAACGGCUCGCUGAGCUACUCCUACUGGCAGAAGCCGGGCGUGGUCCGGCUCACGAAGGUGUACAUCUUCAACGUCACCAACCCCAGCGGAUUUCUCGAGCAUGGCGAAAAACCGAAGCUGGUGGAAGUCGGGCCGUUUGUGUACAGAGAAGACAUGGAGAAGGUGAACAUCAAGUUUCACGACAACGACACGAUCACGUACCAACACAACAAGAUCCUGCGCUUCGUUCCCGAACUAUCAGUCAAUAAGAAUCAGAAGUUGACAGUGCCCAACAUUCCUCUACUGACAGUGACAUCGUUCUCUCCCAACCUAGCCGGGCUGGUGGUGAGCGGGCUGGCAUCAGUCCUGUCUGUGGCGUACAAGAAAACUGCAGAACCAUUCGUCAAGGUUACUGCUGAACAGCUGGUUUUUGGGUACGACGACCCUCUAGUGACUCUGGCGCAUUACUUCUACCCAAAAGGAAAGAGACCGAAUAGUCAGAUGGGACUUUUGCUAGCGCGAAACGGGACCUUAGACGAAGUAUCGACGAUUUACACGGGCCAGAAGUCCAUGUCGCGUUUCGGGUACCUGGACAAGAUCAACGGCUUGGACCACCUGCCUCACUGGAAGGAUAGUCCCUGCAACGAUAUUAGGGCCUCAGAAGGAUCAUUCUUCCCCCCUCGGGCGGUGACCAAGUCGGACCUAGUCCAUGUGUACGACAAGGACAUCUGCCGUAUACUUCCCCUGCAGUACAGGAGAGAUAUCUACAAAGAUGGCAUCCAAACCGGCCUCUACACACCACCCGCUUCCACAUUCGAGUCGGCCGACGUCAACCCGGACAACAGGUGCUACUGUCAGGGUGAGAAGUGUCCGCCGCGGGGCUUGCAAAACAUCAGUCCUUGCCAAUACAGCGCUCCUGUAUACCUCUCGUACCCGCACUUCUACGACGCUGAGCCAUCUCUUCUAGACAAAUUUGAGGGUUUGAAGCCAGUUCAGAAGACCCAUGAAACCUACUUCAUGAUACAACCGAAACUCGGCGUGCCGCUAGAAGGCUUUGUACGCGUGCAGUUGAACCUCAAAGUGAGCCGCGCGCCCAACAUCUACGUGAACAGCAUCAACAAGUUCCCGGACAUAAUCUUCCCCGUCAUGUGGAUUGAAGAGGGUAUCCACGAAGUAACGACCCCGAUCUGGCGAUGGAUCUACCUAGCCACCACCGUCGGCCCCAUCGCAGCCCCCCUGCUCACCUACUCCAUGAUCGUCUUCGGCAUCUUAACCAUGAUAUGCGUCUUCAUCAAAGCGUACAAAAGUUUCGUCAUCGGACAAAAUUCUAUAGAAAUAGUUGAGAUAGGUCGAGAGACUUUAAGGAGGGGCUCUAUGAUUCUACAUAGCACGCAGAAGAUAUGUUUAAGAGAUCCUCCUUAUAUCUUGCUGCCACAGACGAGCAUAGAGAGUGGAGUCAGAGAGUUUAGUCAGAGUCUGGGUGACGUGGGGAAGGCUGAUUUAGGUUUAGAAUGUGAAACUUUAAUUAGGUCUGAUAAUAGUUUUAUAAUAUCAGAGAGAAGGUGUAGUUUAGGGUUUAGGUUGCCAAACUUUUAGGUUAACUGUGAAUUUGUGUAUGUAUAACAUUAACAUAUACUAGGCGAUGUUGUUACCUAUUUUUUAUAUGAAUGAAAACUACUUGAUGUUUUUGGUGCUUUUUCUAUAUGUUUUCAUUGCGCGCAGUAUGGGUGACGUUAUUCAUAUGGAUAAAGUUUUGUACGAAUCAAGAAAAUACCGUAAAUUACUCAACAUUUACGCCUAACUAGCGGGUCACAAGUAUUUGUCUCUUUCAGAUGAACUUGUCAGAAAGAGAUAAAAGCUUCACGUUAUUCUCAAAUAUUCAUAUGUUAGUGUUAUACGUCAAGAAUCGUUUUUGCUUGCAUGUGCCAGUGAGUGACGUUUUAACAAAAUUAUUUUUAGGCAUUGGCGUUUUAUUUAAACUUAUGUUUAGUUUUGUUUCGAAUUCGGGAGUUUUUAUGUUAUUUCUGCUCGUGAGCUCUUUCGAUACUGAUAUACAAUAAUAAUUAUACAAUAAAACUUAUUAUUAUUAUAACUUAUUUUAUUAUUUGUAACGCUAAAGCUGAAAACAAUACAUGCAAGCCUAUUCAUAAUUUUGUUAAAAACGUCUUUUUUAUCGUAUGAAUGUUGCUCGAAUGUUUUAUAUUUAAGAAUAUUUGCUCAUUAGGUACCUAUACCCAUACAAGUUCCCAAAUAAGUGAAAUAUAUAGUAUAAUAGUACAUUACGAUACAAGUGCGAAAAAUAGGAAAUUCGAAACGAGUGGCGAUAAAUUAAAACACGACCGAAGGGAGUGUUUUAAAUCGACACGAGUUGCGAAUUACCUAUUCGCACAUGUAUCGUACAACGUUUUACAGUACAUAUGGCCCUUUAAAUGUUCGACACAGUAACAUAAUAUGCUACUUCUCGCACUAGUGCUAUAAAGUAGCCCCAUAUGUACUGUAAAAUAUUUUUUAAAAUUGUUUUAAAUUUUAUAUUAAGGGCGUUUAGGACAAAUUACGUUUGUCUAUGAUAAAUAAGUUUCGAGAUUUAUUUUCAGGGAAUUUUAUAAUAUGUUGCAAAAUCGAUGAAUAAUAUUGACAUUUCUGAUUAUGGUGUGGCUACCAUUCUAUUUUUGCUGGCAAGUGGAAUUGCUCAGAUCGUCAAAAUGAUCUUAAAGUAACUUUAUUGUUUAAAGAAAGCGUGUGCAGAUCAUUGUGAACAUCUCGCCUGCUCAGCUACUUUUGCCGCUGCCGCCCUGACUGUAUAGUCAUUCGAUUUGUAGCUGGCCCCGAGCGGCUAAUCCUUUGUCUAUUGUUAAGCAUAACCGCACAUCCUAAAAACCUGCACCUGCAUAAAAAAAAAAAACAUUUAUUAAUAAAUGGUCCCGUCACUUUAACCGGUUAUUGAAGUACAACUCCUAUGAAAAUUGCAAUAAGAUUCAAAAUGGAAAAAUAAUUUGGGAUCUUGUGUGGUCGCUCUACGGUUAACUGAGUGCCGGCGAGUUCUGUAACCAGACUAAAAUGUAUCCUUGAGAUGCGAAACGAAGAGCGCAUCUACACUGGUUUUUUGAGCGUUGGACUAGCCCGCGCUCAGGUGCCACUUUUACUCAACAAUAGACAAACGAUUAGCCAUUUGGGGCCAGCUACAAAUCGAACGACUUAACGAGUAUGAUGGACAAAGGUGACAAUGUGAAUGAGUAACUGAUACUACACCGUGUGACACGAGGAAACCGAAACAUUUUAAGUACGCAUUUCUGAGGCCAAAAGAAAAAAAAAAUAUAUGACUAUAUGUAUGCCAAAAAAACUGUGUUUUUUUUUUAAUGAAUUUGUACAGAAAAAGUUUAUGUUAUUGGUAAAACUGGCACUUGCAAUGAAUUUAACUUUUUUGUUUCACAAAAAAUAGUUUGUACAAAGUGCUACUUGUCACUUUUUGACAUCUAUCAAUAAGUUUAUUUAGACUACGCCCCAUAA